CAUUCAGUUUUGAUUCAAACGCGGAGCAGCGAGCAUCAUGAAGCCGCUGUACUUCGUGCUGGCCCUUUGUGUGGCCCAAUCUUGUGCCCUGUAUCGGGGUAAGCGAGGCAGUGACUACGACGACGACUACAGUGAUGAAGAGGAAAGUUGGCAGCCGGACCGUGUGAAGAAGGAACCCUGGAAAGUGCGACACACACCACCAGUGCGCGUCCAACAGGAUAUAUCAUCUCAGCAGGCUCCCCAAUAUGCACAGGAUUCCAGAGAUGUCGUAGUCCAAGCUCCAGAGGUCGGAGAGAUUGUUGGUGUUCGUGGUUACAAGAGCAACGCCAAUGGCCUGAUUAACGCUUUCCUUGGCAUCCGUUACGGCAAGGUGGGCAGUGGCUUGUCGCGCUUCCAGGCCGCCCAGCCCACUGGCUACCAGGGCAGAGUCAAUGCCAACGUUAAGAGCCCCAACUGCGCCCAGUUUCCGGAACUGCAGCGCCUGAGGGAGUCAGAGGCCCGCGGCGAAAACGUUGACGACUGUCUGACCCUGGACAUUUAUGCACCCGAGCAUGCCAGUAACCUGCCCGUUCUGGUAUUCGUGCACGGCGAGAUGCUCUUCGAUGGCGGCUCCGAGGAGGCCCAGCCGGACUAUGUCCUGGAGAAGGAUGUGGUGCUGGUCUCCAUCAACUAUCGACUGGCACCCUUCGGUUUUCUGAGCGCCCUCAGCGAUGAGCUUCCCGGAAACGUGGCUCUCUCCGAUCUUCACCUGGCCCUCGAGUGGCUGCAAAAAAAUCUGGAAAGCUUUGGUGGUAACCCCAGUCAGGUAACCCUGUUGGGUCAGGCUGGAGGAGCGACAUUGGCUCACGCCUUGAGUCUGAGUGGACGCGCCACGGGCCUCUUCCAGCAGUUGGUUUUGCAAUCGGGCACGGCUUUGAACCCCUACCUGAUUGACGAGCGCCCUCUGGACACUCUGGACACCUUUGCCAGCUUCGCCGGCUGUCCGACCGCCGCCAACACCCGCAGCCUUGCACCUCUGUACGACUGCCUGGGCAGUCUCCCCACGUCGAACCUGGUUGCCGCUUUUGAGCAGCUAUUCAACCGGAAUGAAGCCAUCGGUCUUAGCUCCCUCGGCGGCUUCAAGCUGGUGGUGGGCGAUCCGCUCGGCUACUUGCCAAAGCCUCCCGUCGCCCUGGCCGCCAACGCCAGCAAUGCCCUACCCAUGAUCGUGGGCGCCACCAAGGAUGCCAGCGCCUUCAUCCUGUCGCGUUUCUAUAACCAGAUUGAACACGUGCGAUCCUAUAAUGUUUCCGAUUAUAUCGACGUGGUGUUACGUCACUUGGCCCCUCCCAGCGAACACCAGAUCUGGAAGCAGUGGGCACUGCGCGAGAUCUUCAGCCCUGAUCAGGUGCGGACCGUAAACUCGAUUAGCGUGUCGCAAGGCCUACUGGAGCUGAGCAACAUGAUCCUGUACCGGGCACCAGUGAUCUACUCCAUUCGAAACUCGUACCGCAACGCUCCCGUCUAUCUUUACAAUUUUGCCUACCGCGGCGAGCACCAUAGAUUCGAGCACGUCAAGAGUCCUCUACCCUUUGCUGUGGAUGCCUCGCUCAGCGACGACAAUGUCUACGUGUUUCCUUACCCGGUGGAGACCAGUCAGCUGAAUGCCGUGGAUAGAUCUCUAUCGCGCGCCCUGGUCACUAUGUGGGUCAACUUUGCCACUACGGGCGUGCCCAACCCGAACUUUGGAGUUUGGCCCCGAGCCUCCUCCGAAUAUGGACCCGUCUUGCGAUUCUCGAACUCCCGAGAAAACAUGCUCGAGCUGGACCCACAUUUCGGGGAAGGCAUUAAUAUUCCCAACCUGUAUUCGAAUUACUUCAAUACCACCAGCAAAACCACUCCAGCUGUGAUCCCUGUUUUCACCACUACCACCACCACAACUACAACUACGCGUCCGUAUGUGCAUAAUCCUUACAACAACUGGAACAGGCAAAUUCAACAAACUGGACCCUCCAGGGACGCAGCUGAGGAAGAACGAAGGAAGCAGGAGUUCCGUGAAUAUCAGCGGCGGCAAGAGGAGGAGCGCCGACGAGAAUACCAGUUGCGUCUUCAGCAGCGACAGGAACAGUUGCAGCGAGAGAGUCUGGAACGCGAGAAGAAACUCCAGGAGCAGCGGGAGCAGCAACAGCGAGAACAGGAACUGCAAGAACAACAACGAGAGCAGCAGCAGCGAGAACAGCAACGUCGCGAACAACAAUGGCGCGAACAGCAACAGCGAGAGCAACAAUGGCGAGAACAACAAGAACGAGAGCAACAGGAGCGACAAUAUGGCGACGUUAAUAGAGAUCCUUAUACAGUAACAUAUGAUGCCUAUGGUAGGGAAAUCACUCCUAACUCUGCUGAGCAAGAACGCCAAAAACAAGAACGGGAGCAACUGGAGCGAGAAGAGCAACAACGCGAGCAGCAGCGACGAGAAUAUGAAGAACGUUUGGAACAGGAUCGCCAGCAGCGAGAGCGCGAGCAACAGGAGCGGGAGCAACAGGAACGCGUGCAACCAGAGGGGCAGUAUCAGCCUGAAGAAAAUACUGAAGAUGGUCGCCAGGCGUAUCCCUCCUAUGAGGACUACCUGAAGUCCCAGCAAGAAGAGCAAUCUCCAGAAUCGGAUCCUGAAAGCAACUACGCCGAAGAACAGCAGCGCGAGCAGGAGCGUUUAGAGCAGGAGAGGCAACUCCGUGAGCGGGAGCAUAGGGAGUAUGAAGAACGAUUGGAGCAGGAGCGUCAGCAGCGAGAACGGGAGCAACAGGAACGCGAGGAACAAGGGGGCCAGCACCAGCCUGAAGAAAAUCCGGAGGACGGCCGUGACGCGUAUCCCACCUAUGAAGACUACGUGAGGGCCCAGCAAGGAGAGCAAUCUCCAGAAUCGGAUCCGGACCGCAACUACGCCCAAGAACAGCAACGCGAGCAGGAGCGAUUAGAGCAAGAGAGGCAGCUCCGAGAGCAGGAGCACCGACAAUAUGAGGAACGAUUGCAACGAGAGCGCGAGCAGCAGGAACGGGAACAGGAACAGCCCCAAGGGCAACCCGACAACGAUCUUUCGCGCUAUCCCAGCUACGAUGAGUACCUGCGCUCCCAGCAGGAAGGCCGACCAUCUGACUCGGACUCAGAUCCCAACUACGACGAAGAGCAAGCCCGCGAGCAACAGCGCAGGGACCAGCUGCGCCAGGAGCAAGAGCAGGAAUAUGGCCCGUCGGGUGGCUAUCCAGAAGAAUCGGAUGACCAGGACCAAGAGUAUCAACCCAAUGUGGACCCGAAAAACGAUCCCAGCAACUACGCCACAUAUGAGGAUUACGUGAAGGCCCAGUUGAAACUACGCGAGGAGGAGGAGGAGCGCGACCGGGCUCUCAGGGAGGAGGAGGAGCGACAAUUUGCCCAGGCCGAGGCGGAGCAAGAAGCAGCUCGCCAAUCGCAGCCUACCAGCAUUGUAUUCAGAAGAUUUUUGAACGCCCCAAGGCAUAUUAAGGUUAUCCACCGCCAGCAAGGUCGCCGUCACUAAAUGAUUGCGACCUUCUUAUAAGUUCUUGCAUUGAAAAAUAAAAUUUAAUAAACACUACGAUUAAAAAUGAAAAAUAAAAA